AUGGUCCCUGAUAACGACCUCCUCCAUUGGCGCAAUAUGAUGACCUUGCAGGCCGCCAUCAUCAGGGGCGAAACCGAGGUCUUGUUCCACAACUGUCCAACGAUUCCACCAGAAUACUGGGACAGGGUCCGACACAACGAUCUCCAAUUGGGCAAGAGAUACAACUUCCACUAUCGCAGCGCGGAGCUCGAAACCCAGAUACCUGAGCACGUAGAUGACGAUACUGCAAGGCGCGGCAUUGACGAUGUGCAGUGGAAGGGCUUCAAGUUCGAAUUCGUCAAAGUCCUUGCCGCCGGCGGUCAUGGAUUCGUUUCCCUAUGGAGGGUUUGGUUUGAGGAUGGAUCCAGUAAAAAGGUGGUGAUCAAAAGGGCUCUCGGUGGAAGCUUUCACGUCGAAAAGGAAUCCCGCUUUCAUCUUCGAUACGCCGGUGCCGAGCAUACCAGCCAGAUCAUCGACCUACACGCUGAAGCUAUGAAAAUACGGGAUCAAGUCAGACAGAGGAAUCCUCUGGCUCAUCUCCAGUACAGGAAUGGUUCAAACUUCAAUGCCAGUUCCCUCCGACUCAUCGUAUUUGAGUUCAUGGAACACGGAGACUUGUACAAAGUAUUGACCUCAGCCAGUCAGAUGGAUGUGCAAUUCCCGGACAGGACUCUUUGGGGCAUCUGGGAAUGCUUGGUCCGAGGAGUUGCCGCUGUUGCAUAUGUGCCUUCUUUCCUUGCCAUGAACAAAGACUUUGAAAAAGAGUUGCAAACAGCCAUUGAUACUCACCGUCUGGAACACUUCUUGACGCAGCUGGAGCAUAUCCAACAAUCGCACGAUGUUCACUUAGACUUGGAAGAGUUGAACAUUCUCGUUGGUGCAAGUAAUAGCCAUCCGGACAACCCUAUUUUCAAGCUUCACGAUCUCGGUGCCUUUAGUUUCAUCAUGAGCGAAAAGUGGAAGACCUGGGGCGAUGUCAAGUACUGGAAGAUGAGGAGGCCCUGCAAGCUCCACAGAGUGUCUCCGGAGCAAGCUCACCAGGACUGGGACCACAUUCGGACGGACGAGGGAGCCAACCUGGACGGAUCCGAAUUCGCAGGCGAAGAUCUCACUCAAGGACAUCCGAUUGCUGGCCGGUUCGGUACUUGGACAAACAUCUUUUUCAUUGGCAAAGUGAUGGAAGCGGCCAUCACAUUCCUUACCGAGGCGUAUCCACUCGAUGCCUAUCAUUUUGAUAGUAUGGAUGGGACACAAUCAGGGGACACCUAUGGGUGGGUGCUGCAAGACCGAUCAUUCUCCCAUGUCGAUCCUGCCUUGCGCGACCUAAUUAUGCGAUGCCAGCAUGAGGUGCCGGGCGAACGACCCAGCGUCACGUCGCUUCUGCGAGAGAUUGCGAUUCGCAAGAUGCAUCCCUUCUACCAAAGCCCCGAAGAGAUGGCACUCUUCUGGGAGUAUUUCUUUAGUCCCAAGACUCCGGAUCCCAUGUCUGAUUCAAUGGAUGACGAAUUUUCCGAUGCCAUCGAGGAGACUAUGGCUGGAGCUGUCAUGAUGCCAUUCAUGCACCCAGACCCGGGAUCAGAGCCUCACCGACAUGAGCAGCAGGCAGGUUCCGCCCCAGAAGCACGACUCGAGUAUUUUCAGAAGUGGAUGGAUCGACGGGACAGGGCUGAAGACCAGACUCUUCAACCACCUGUUGGUCGGCAUCAGCCUGGUCAAGCCCAACAUCCGAUCCCUCGUCGACCUGCCAAUCUGCGUGUCCCCAAGCGGAUUGGCCGGGGGGCUGUUGACGACGAGCCUUCAGCGGCAGUAGCAGCGGCAGCUCCCUCGUGGCUCAAUCCACCCGGCCCUGAACCGGCGGUGUAUGGCGGCAAACCUGCUGCUAUGGACGAUGACGAAGCUGCUCAGGAGGAUGCCAGGGGUUCUUACACCAACUUGCGUUAUGCACGCGCCGACCCUGAUUACGACGUAUCUGAAAGUGGCAGCGAUAGAUCUCCUGUUCCUACGGCACGAAGGGGAGUAAAAUUCGAUCUUCCCAAGAAUGGCGCUGGGCGAGGGAAGGCUAAGAAGACUGGCUCAAUAUACGACAGGAGCAAGAAACGGUUCCCAAAUCGAAAGGAACCUGGAUCAAAGGUCAACAAGCGAGUCUCUAAGCCCAGUACAAGGAGUCUCAAGACUUCUGUCAAGAUGAGCCAUCUCGACAAGUUUGUUCAGACGGCAAUGGAUGACAUGCCCAUGGCCAUCCGAAAUCUAAUGGCCAGAAACAAGCAUCUCGAGCAGAGGCUGGUAGAUGGCAAUCUUCCUGCCUUGGCGUACAUAACCGCAGGUGGAAAGGGAUACUUUGAUGAUUGA